AUGCAGUCUCUUGUCAAAGUGGCCGAAGAUGUCCUACUACAACUUUGUUGCGAGGUAUGGACUUUCGACGAUGACUAUCCCCAGACGUCUCCAGUGAGCCAAGAUGUAGCAAAGAACACUCGGAAACAGAAAGAACCUCUCUCACUUCACAAAACACCACACAUCGACUCUGGGGUGGCUGAUCCAAACAUGGGCAACUCUCUCCUUCGCCUUCCAGCAGAGCUGCAAAUCAUGAUCCUACAACACCUCACGUUCGGCCAAGUCGAGUCCCUCCGACGAACAUGUCGAGCUCUACGACAUAACUUCAGCAAACCUAUCAUACGCUUCAUCUUCCCGAGUAUAAAGUUUGAGCUGCUGUCGACAUGCUACCAAUGUCUUACAUAUGAUCCCGAGAGGGAAAGUCUCAUCAAAGCAGAUGAAUCUCACGCGCGAUACCCGCUGGCUAAUGAGUGUAUCGACUGCGUCGCUGCGAGGGGAGGAUUCUCUGUGGGACGCUCGUACACGCUUGCAUCGCGUUCGACGGUCUGCGUGUGUCGAUACUGUGGAUUUCCUGUGACUUCGGAUGCUGCGUGGAAGGAGUACGAGUUUCAUAGGAAUUGUUAUAGACGGUAUCGUAUGAUACUCCUGUACUACUUUCUGUCUGGGUUCGCGCAGGGAACGAUUACGAUUGUUGCGUCGGCUAUGUGUUGGAGGUAUUAUAAGGGGAGAAGCAUGAUAAUUACACCUACUAUUAUCAACUUUCUCAUGAGUGGUUGGGUAUUCAGUCUCAACAUGGUACGGGGUAUCGAGUUGAGGACGUAUCACUGGUCGCUGCUCCUCGAGAUGAGCAUUCUAGGACUUUGGAUACCUCCCCUGAGCGACGUAAUCAGAGUAAUGACAGAGAGAGGGGAAGGGCCGCAAAGCUCAGACAUAGCAACAGUAUUUUUUAUUGGCUCGAAUAUGCAAGUCUUCAAAACUACUACGGAAAAGGAGUAUAGUCACUGA